CGGGCGGCGAGUUGCCUCGUGUCAACUGCCGACAGAGCAACGUAGCACGCCCGGGAAGGGCAAGCAAAAAAACACGAUCUUUUUGUCUCGGACGCUGGCGCGGGAGGGAGAAAGCCUCGGACGAUUUCGAGCCGAGCCGAGCCUCCUCCGCCUUCUCUCUAGACAAGGGCUGGGCUGGAGAAGACGGAGCACCCCUCAUGGCGCGGUUCCCGGCUGACGUCUUGAGGCAGGGAUGCCGACCCUCCCAUGAUGCCGCGGCCGCAGACGCUCACGUCCGGGGCCUGGUGGCCCUUCUCCUGAGGCACCAGGCGGAGAGGCGCCCUCUCCUCCAGAUCCAUGCCCAGCUCGUUGCCCGCCAGGUGUUCGACCGCCGUCCCACUCCGUGGCACGCGCUCCUCAAGGCCUACUCCCGCGGCCCUCUCCCGCAGGAGGCCCUGAGCCUCUUCAGGGACGCGCGCCGGCACGCCGCCGACGACACCUACGCCUUCGUGCAUGCCCUUGGGGCCUGCGCGGCCCUGGCGUGGCCGCGGGCCGGCGCGCAGCUGCACGGGCUUGCCGUUCGCAAGGGGUUCGAGUUCCACGCCUACGUGCACACCGCCCUCCUCAACGCUUACGUUGUGUGCGGGUGCCUGGCAGAAUCUCGGAUCGCAUUCGACGAGAUGCCGGCGAAGAAUGCGGUUACUUGGAACGUGAUGAUCACCGGGUUUGCUGCGCGGGGCGAGGUUGAGUAUGCGAGGCUGCUCUUCGAGCGGAUGCCCUGUAGGAAUGUUGUCUCGUGGACCGGGAUGAUUGAUGGGUACACGCGUUCCUGUCGCUCUGUAGAGGCCGUGGCUCUCUUCCGCCGCAUGAUGGCUGAAGCCGUUGAUCCAAGCGAGAUAACUGUGUUAGCGGUUGUACCUGCGGUAUCUAAUAUUGGAAGGAUUCUUUUGGGUGAGGCCUUGCAUGGCUAUUGUGAGAAGAAGGGGCUUCUUGUGUUGGACAUCCGAGUUGGGAAUUCGCUCAUAGACCUGUAUGCCAAGAUUGGGUCUAUAAAGAACUCACUGAAGAUUUUCCAUGAAAUGCUGGAUAGGAGAAACUUGGUGUCAUGGACAUCAAUAAUUUCAGGGUUUGCAAUGCAUGGGUUGUCAACGGAGGCUGUUGAACUGUUUGCAGAGAUGAGAAGAGCUGGAAUUAGGCCUAACAGAGUCACCUUCUUAAGUGUUCUCAAUGCUUGCAAUCAUGGUGGGCUGGUCGAGCAAGGAGUACUGUUUUUCAAAUGCAUGGUUUAUGAGUACAAUCUGACGCCAGAGAUCAAGCAUUUUGGUUGUAUCAUAGACAUGCUAGGUAGGGCUGGACGGUUAUCAGAGGCCGAGCAAGUAAUAAGUGGUCUGCCUAUGGAGGUUAAUUCAGUCGUGUGGAGGACACUGCUGGGUUGUUGCAGUAAGUAUGGGGAAGUGGAGAUGGGGCAGAGGGCAAUGAAGAAGAUACUAGACAUCGAAAGAGAAUCUGGAUCUGAUUUUGUGGUUGUAUCCAAUAUGUUUACUGAGCUUGGAAGGUUUGGUGAUGCUGAAAGAUCAAGGAAGCUAGUAGAUGAGAGGAGUGUUGUUAAGGUUCCUGGGCUUGCUUUGGUUGGUGAGAGUCAGUAAACCAGAACCAAAUCAUAGAAAGAAGUUCCACGCAGUUUUAAGAGUUUUUGUUCCAUCAUUAGAAUUGUCUCCUUGCAUUAUACCAAAUGCGAUUGGAUCUUCCUACUUUAUGGUGGGUUUAUUGUGUUCUUUUGCCUUUUAUAUAUUUCAUGCAAAGUUAAAAGAACUAAGAAUUCAGUUUA